AUGGAUGCAAACGACAUCGGCUCUGUCGCCAAGUUGGGCGUCGGUCUCUCGAGCUGCCUCGUGAUUCAUUCAGAGGUUGAUCGUAAGUCCCGCCGGCUAUUGCCCAAGCUGGUUGCGGUGGUAAACUCAACUGCAUCGACGCUCGGCAAGAUUCAUCAUCUCAUCCAAGGAAACCGCCAGGUCUUUACCGAAGCUGGGAUGAACGAUAUUGAGAGUCUGACUACUACUUGUCGGAAGAUCUACACCGGCAUCAUCAUCAUGCUAGUACGGCACACACGAAGCGUCAAAAGAGACAAGGAUACUUCCAGCCUCUUGGAAGAGCAGGCGGAAACACUUCUAGCCUACGUUACCAGUAACGCUAUCUGGAGCUACGAUUCCUGGAACUGGCUAGAGCUCAGGCUCAGAUACUGUCAACACCUAUUGACACAGGUGAAGUUCGAGCUCAUGAUGCGAUAUUUGCUGGGCUGUAUCGCGAACCACCAGCUUAUGACGAAGACUCGAGCCCCAGGCGAUCUGAAUACCGAGUGCUCAUUGGUGGUACAUGCGGACCGCGUCGCCUCCAGGUGGAGAGGUCACCACAAGCAUAUCUCGAAGAAGAUGGCCAUCUGGAAUAAGGUUGAUUCGCCUGUCCCUUCCACUAGAAGCUCAUUCGAAGACCUCGGCGUGGCAGGCUUCUUGUUUGGUAAGCCUGGAAAGGCUAUAAGCAAGCCUGCCUCUAUUGCUACGACUGUUUGUCUAACGUUGAGUAGUGACGUGAAACCAGUAGAGGUUGUCAUUCCCACUGAGGUCAAAGCCCCGGAACCAACCUCGGGCGGAGAAGUAGCCGCCGAGGCCAAUGGCGACGAGCAGGUUGACAAGACUAUAGAAAAAGAUGAACAAAGUCUGGCACGUGCUUUCAAGAGCUGGCUCAAACGGCUACUCCUUCCUGACACAGAUGAGUGGAAGGACCAAGAUAUUGAGGUUUGGCAAGUCGACAUAAGUUUGCAAUACAGUGGUUCCUCAAGCAAGGGACAUAGGAAACUUAACAUCGAUGAUCGACAAAUUCGGUCUAGUCUCGCCCAAGUAACUUCCCAUCGCAGGUGGAGAAAGCGUCCGGAGCUCAUUGACCAGUACGGCGCGCUCGAUGAGCGGGUGCGCCAGCGAAUCGACAAAGCCAUCGAUACAGCCAAGCAAUCUAACUCUAGAGAAACGACUUGGAUAGCCAUGUCUAUCACUGACGAUCCCUUCAAGACUCGGGCAGUCAUCCAGCCUGAAGCAUCGAUCUCGCUCUUCUUUCGUCUCGGCCAGGAGGUCGAGCCCAUAUACAUAUUGGACAUGGAAAGAAGAAAGGUUCCUUUCCCGUAUGCAUCGUGCGCAACACUAGAGAUGAUCAAGGAAAUGCUGGCCAACGCGCGCUGGAUCACGCCCUAUUGGGUCCAGCCGGGGAACUAUGUCAUCUACACAGAGGAUAACGCUGUGAUCGUACCCUCAGUAUGGGAAGCAAUCCGUCGUCCUGGCAUGGUUCUCAAGGCGAGUCCUAAGACUCUCCCUGUUCCUCCGCCGCCGCCACGCAUGUUCCCACCAGCUCCUAACGUGGUCACAGUAUCAGCUUCACCUAAGCCCUCGAAACCCGUUCAGCCUCGUCCCCCUAAGAUGAAGCCGAUCCAUCUUGAGAUGAAAGACACGCUGCAGGUUUCGUAUCCCCUAUUAUACGAGGAAAGCUUCAAGCUUGGGCUGAGAGAGUUACUUGGAUUAUGGACAAAUGCCAUUGACUGUUUUGUUGAGCUAGAGAGUGAUGACUCAUCGACGGAUUGGACAAGCUCUUCGUCGUCGGCAUCUUGCUGGACUGGGUCCGGGUCCGGGUCUGACAGCGACAGUGAUAGGAGUAUUGCUGAUUAG